AGUCCAAAAGAGGCACACAAUACAAUCUCGAAAAACUUGGCUUGGACAGUAUCUUUGGUCUCUGGAGAAACUUGGCUUUGUAUAUAAAGUCCAAACGAGGAACACAAAAAUCUUUAAAACUCUUUACAAGAAAAAUCUUCAAGAACUUGAAGAAUCAAAACAUGGAAAUGAUGUUCAUGAUACUUCUCAUGUGCUCAAUAAUCUUUAUUACCACUCUCUUCUUCAUAAACCAAAAUUCAAGGAAGAAAAGCAACACACCUCCGUCACCACCGAGACUUCCUUUGAUAGGAAACCUUCACCAGCUCGGCCGUCACCCUCACCGAUCACUAUGCUCUCUCAGCCACCGUUAUGGUCCUCUUAUGCUCCUCCACUUGGGCCGUGUCCCGGUUCUUGUAGUCUCUUCCGCUGACGUGGCUCGAGACGUUUUGAAGACGCAUGAUCGAGUUUUUGCUAGCCGUCCAUGGUCUAAAAAUACCGAGAAGCUUCUUUACGACGGGCGUGAUGUGGCCUUAGCUCCUUAUGGAGAGUACUGGAGGCAAAUGAAGAGUGUGUGCGUCCUCAGUUUGCUAAGCAACAAAAUGGUACGAUCCUUUCGAGAUGUGAGACAACAAGAGAUCAGUCUUAUGAUGGAGAAGAUCGGGCAAUCGAGUUCUUUGCAGGUGAAUCUGAGCGAGAUAUUGGCGAGUUUAACGAAUGAUGUGAUAUGUAGGAUUGCUUUGGGACGGAAAUAUGGCGGUGAAACAGAUUUUAAGGAGUUAAUGAAGAGGCUUACAAGGCUUUUAGGGGCGGUUAGUGUGGGAAAUCAUGUACCAUGGCUUUCAUGGAUUGAUUGGCUCUGCGGUUUGGAUGGUCAGCUAGAAAAGACGAGAAAUGAUCUUGAUGAGUUUCUUGAGAGAGUUGUGCAAGAUCAUGUAGAUGUCAACGGAGAUAGCACUGAUUUCGUUGAUGUAUUGCUCGCCAUUCAGAGAGAGAAGAGUGUGGGGUUUGAGAUCGACCGCGUCAGCAUAAAGGCAAUCAUCUUGGAUAUUUUUGUGGGUGGUACGGACACAUCGUACACACUUAUGGAAUGGGUAAUGACAGAGCUUUUACAUCACCCAGAGUGUCUGAAGAGACUUCAAGAAGAAGUCCGUACGAUUUGUAAGGGCAAAUCAAGUGUAUCAGAAGAAGACAUUAAAGACAUGAACUACUUAAAAGCUGUGAUCAAAGAGACAUUGAGGCUACAUCCUCCACUUCCAUUGAUGGUUCCUCAUGAAUCAACACAAGAUGUUAAAUUAAGAGACUACCACAUACCAGCCGGAACAGUGGUUAUGAUCAAUGCAUGGGCGAUCGGGAGAGAGGCUGCGACAUGGGGACCAGACCCGGAGGAGUUUAGACCGGAGAGACAUUUCAAUUCUUCUGUUGAUUUCCGGGGUCAGGAUUUUGAGCUGAUUCCGUUUGGGGCAGGGAGAAGAAUAUGCCCGGCAAUAUCAUUUGCUGUGGUAUUGAAUGAAGAAGUUUUGGCUAACUUAGUGCAUCGGUUUGAUUGGAGACUACCGGAUGAAUCUACGGAAGAUCAAACAGGUGUUGUUGCUGAAUCAACCGGAGUUGCCAUUCACCGCAUGUUCCCUCUUUAUGCUAUUGCAUCAUCUACUACUUGACUAAGGCUUUAUAUUAUGUUACUAGAUUAGGACCCGUUUGAUAUAUGGGUUAAUCAAUAAAUGUUUUUAUAAAGUUUAAUAAGUUUUUUUGCAGUUGUAUCCGAAUAUUUAUAGGCUACGAAAGUACCUAUAAGAUAUGGUGAAAUGAAAGGAAGAGUUUGAUUACAAAA